GCCAGCGAAACGUAUACCGCCGGUCCGCUGCUCGAAGUCGUUACUUUUGCAAGUGCGAAUCUAUUUCCCAUAACGAAACUGUUAAUUUUUUUUUUGCCCCUUCAAAAGCCAUGCACAAAGCCCGAAAUUUGUUCGUUCAAAUAACUAAUAUUCGACGUUGAACGGCCGGGAGUUGUUCACCAAGAGGAUUAAGCCUAUCCAAGCUGUGAUGAUUUUGUCGAGUCCAAGCCGUGUCGGAGAAAUUGAGUUGAACAAAAGAGAUCCUUUUAAUUAGAUUCGUCAUAUCCGUAAGACUUAAGAUGAUGAAAGGCUGGUACGUUUGGCACAGCUUCGGUUUUCGAAUUUUGGUGGUAUCUUUUACGUUCCAAACGACGAUUUCGCAUGCGAAAUCAAUAGUGCCGAUGGAAACGGGCAAGGAGGAGAUAAGUCCUUACUGGACGUUCAACGAAACCGCCGACAUAUCAAAAUACGAGCAAUUCGACCAUAAGAAAUUUUUGGAACACGAACUCCACCUUCAAGUGCCCGAUCCAAACGUCGUGGACGUCCGGCUUCCGGUUAAGCCCCGGACCAUCAGCACCACCACCGCCGCGCUGGCGCCGGUCACGCCGACCGCCGAGCCCAUUAUUCACGUGGGUACGUCCAACGUCACCGUGCAGCUGGGAAGCACGGCUCUACUUCAUUGCGAAAUAGCCAACUUGUCCGGCACAAUGGUGUCUUGGGUGCGGAGAAGAGAUUGGCACAUCCUCAGCUCGGGUUUGCUGACUUACAUAAAAGACGAACGGUUUCGGGUGUUCCAUUCCGACAAGAGCGACGAUUGGGAUUUGCGGAUAUCGCCAGUGGCCAAAAUUGACAACGGCACCUACGAAUGUCAGGUGGGCACCGGCACCGGCAUCAUGACGCAUUACUUCAAUUUAUUUGUUAGCGUUCCAACUGCUGUAAUAAUGGGCAGUGAAGAAUAUCAUAUCGGCGAAGGAAGUUCAAUAAGCUUGAUAUGCUACGUCGAAAACAGCCCAGUUCCGCCACAGUUUGUGUUGUGGUACCACAACGACAAGAUUAUUUCCACAAGUCAUUUCAACCAGAACGGAUUGAAAAGUGACCGUCUGUCGAUUAGCACGGAACAGAAUGGUAAAAAUGGACACAAAAUCAUAAGCCGUCUAACAAUCAAUAAGGCCAUUCAAAUGGACACGGGAAACUACACUUGUCAACCGCCCAACACGGAUCCCGAUUCUACAUAUAUACACAUAACUCCGGAAUUUGAUAACACGGCAGCAAUCCAACGACACAAAAGCUCAAACUCAGCAAUUUCAACAAGAAGUCUGUGGCUUUUCCAUUUAAGCUCAUUAAUUUUUAUUGUCGACAACAAAUUGCCAAAGGUUUUUUUCUUAUAAAAUGAAUUUACAUUCAAUGUGUAAUUGUAUAAGUUGAAAUGAAUAUAUAUUAUAUUAUGAUUAAAAUAUACCUAGUUAUUUAUGAACAUUUUUACUAAAAGUUUUGUUCCAACUUGUUGUUGUAAAUAGUAUAUCAUGUGGUUCCAUAAUAAGCUCUUUUAUUCUCCUAUUGUACAAUUAUUUCAGAACAACUGAUUAAACUUCUCCGUGGGCAAACUUAAAAAAUAAAAUAUAUAAUCAAGUACAUUAUAAUGCAGCUCCUUGUUUAAUUUAAAGUUUUUCAAUACUUCUUUCGUCUAAACAUU